UGAAAGCUGUCCAAUCUUUCCAAUAUCUAUAAUUUUUUUACUUAUGAAUUUUUUUGGCCCUGUAAGUUAUCAUUGUUCUUGGAUGGUCUAUAUAUCUGCCUGUAAAGCUGCUUAAUUUACACACUAGGGUUUAGUUCUUUUUGGUUGUUAGAUGAUUCAAUAUGCAUUCCAUGUGAUGGGAAAUGAUGAACUGAUUAUUCCUCAUCUUCAGAUUGAUAAUUUGGUAAUUGCUCUAUUAUGAUGUUGAUAUUACGUGAAAUCUUUGACUUCUUGAUCUGUUUAGGUUGUUUUCAAUGACGGGUGGUCUGUUUCUAGAGGAUCUUUCAUAGCAUACUCUGUAUCUUCUACAAUAGUUCAUAUGAGUGAAACAGCUACCAUCACUUCUAGAAACUUUAUUCUAAAAAAUGUUCAGUAUUGAGUUGUUGCAAGUAUUGUUGCAUGUCAGAUUGAUCUCUGCAUCACUUGUGAUCUUUUUAGUGGGGCUUCAACCCCUUUACAUAUCGUUCCAUCUGCUUUGUUUAUAUUGCUUUCAGUCUUUCAUCACUCAUCAAUGUAGAAUUGCAUUGUUUGAUUCCUCUUUAUAAUGUCAGCCACGAGCCCUUUAGCCACGGUUGUGCUUGCAUGUUUAUUUUGCUUUCAGCCCUUAACCAGUGUAGAAUGCAUUGUUAGGUUUGAGGCUUUGAGCACUUGAUUUUGAUUUCAUAGAAUGCUCAUCAUGUUAAAUUUUUAUGCAAGCAAGUAGCUACAGGAAGUCAGAUUGAAUAAAUAAAGUGGUUUGUUGAAAGCAUUUUCUCUAGCUUUUAAAUAUUCCCAAUUCUUAUUUAUGGUCACAUCAAAUAGACAAUCUAUGAUUAUGUUUAUAAUUGAUUAUAUUAUUCCUUUAGCAUGUCAGGUGGUAAUGCCUGUGGUAAGAUUGAGUUAACAGUCCUUUGUUGUAUCUGUUCAAUUUCAACUCUGCCUUCUCUUUUAUGUAAUUGCUAAAUAGUUAAAGUAUGUACGUGCUCGUCAUGUGUGAAUAGUUUAUUUUAUCAUUAAACUACUAUAUCUAGGAACAUAAUUCACGAUGAACGUGCAAGAUCUCCUUAUUUUCUUUGUGUGACUGUAGUUUGUGUGUAUUAUCUAAUUCUUUACUGGCAUGGAUGUUCAGUGUUAUAGCCAAGAACGGCAAGCUUCACUAAGUACCAAAUGAAGUAUGGAAUUUGCUGUUCUACUGUAACAUUUUCCAACUUGACUGUCUGCUGUUGCUUUGCAAGACAGGAUAUUAGUAAUGAUGCUUCUUAUGACAAUAUUUGUCUGCUUGAUUGUUUAGCUUCUUUGCUGCAUAUCACGUGGAAGUAUUACGCUCUUGUCCCAAUGCAAUUAUACCGUAAAACAACUCAGUUGCUGUGCAAUUGGUGACUCCUGACAUGGUUGGAGCUAUGAUAGUGGAAAAACAAAGACACGUUGAGAUGGAAUUGAGGUGAAUUGGUGCAACUGUACAUAGAUGCUUGCAACUGGAGCUGUCUGAGAGCUGCAAGUCUUUGUUGAAGUUAAGUUGACACAUGGAUACCUAGGAAUAGAACAUGAGAAGUCACAUGUUGCAACAAUUGAUGGUUGAACCUGAGCAUCUGCUCGUUUGAGUUUUUGAGAUAAUGAGUCACGAUGGACUUGAGGUAGUAUUGAGGAAGCUGCUGUCAGUCUUUUGGCAUUCUCUGACUUCGUUGGGUUUAAGAUGAACUUGAGGGGUUGUGUCUUGUGAUCUUGUCACAUCGACUGUCAAACCUGACCAACUCCUCUGUUUGAGUUUUUGGCAAUUCUGGUAGCUUCAUAAUGAAUUAAGUUAUGGGCUACACUUAGAAGUAGGAUUAUGACAUUCAGUUGACCAUCUUUCUAACAAGCUGUUGGAGGUUUGGGCAAUGUUGUUAAGAAAGGUGUCGUGGAGACCCACUUAAAGUACACCAAUGAAUACAACUCUUGCUGUCUUUAAUUGUGACAGGACUUCAGCCCAAGGGAUCUACAUGUUGCCUGAAUUCUUGGUUGUCUCACUUUUUAUGUGGUGCAUCGAUAUUCCGUUGUCCAAAGAUUUCUUUGUUGAAGACAAUAUGCACUAGUAAGAUUGCAAGUUUCUUUCGUGGCAAAGAAAAAUAAAUCAAAGCAGACAGACAACUCCGUAGGCUUUGCCAGAUGAUGCAAUGGUGAAAUAGUAACAUAGAAACCUGGCGUUUUGUCGUGCCCUAUUCAUGUAGAAACUUUUCUUUAGCAUUCGAUGGAGGCAUUAGCUAAGUAACUUAUAUGGAGUGAUUUGGACAGAAAGGCCCCUGAGUUAUGCUGACUGCACGACUUACUCUUUGAGAUACCAUUGACAAACUGCUGCAAUGUUGAGAGUUCCUUUUUUGACUUUUCGUGAAAUUAUGGGACUGUUAUUGGGCCACAAGGAAAUAAGCUUUUCUUAGCAGUAUAUGAUUUCAAUCUCCGGAUGUCUAGCUAUGAACUGCAUUGUGAACCACUCAGAACAGAUAGUUCAGUCUUGGGUUGAGCUGCAGUUACAAACUUACAACGGAUAUGUCAUGCACACAGGCUCUUCACCUCCACACCAACGCGGGCUAGGAAGCAGCAAUUUUGAUGACCCUACUGGUCCACGGUACACCUAUGGAUAUGAAGGGAGUGGUAGAGGAAGUGCAAGGUUCCGAGAUGGCUCUCCACCAUAUGGAAGAGGAGGCAGAUCACGUGGGAUGGGCUAUAAUGGUCCUGGAAAGGAGUUCAUUAAUAUUGAUGGAGAAUAUGUUCACAGGAAUGAUCCUAAUCUGUCACCAAGAGAAGGUGAUUGGAUAUGCCAGAACCCUAGCUGUGGAAAUCUCAACUUUGCUCGGCGAAGUCACUGUAACAACUGUGACAAGCACCGCUAUGAGUCUAGCCGCAGUCCUCACAGGGGUUACUUUGACUCUCCUCCCCGAGUGCCACAAAGGUCCCUAGGCCCAAGUGAUUGUGGCCCUCCUAGAGACAUGGCCAGGUACAGACCACCACCGCGUGAUUGGGGUGUGAGUGAUCCUAGAGAUUAUGCAGGUCGAUCGCCCCCAGAUCGUGUAGGGCGAUUCUCCGAUGCAUUGCAGAGGGAACGAAUAGGCUUCCGUGGUGACCGUGAGUUGAGGGACCCUGUCAAGUUUCAGUGGUCUGCUGCUGAGUACAAGCAGAGGGAGCGUCCACAUGAUGGAUUGUAUCUUGACAGGAGCCAUCAACAGUCUGGGUCACCUCGCGGUAACUGGGGAAGUGACAUGCGGGACAGAAGCCGAUCUCCUGCAGGUAACAGGCCAAUGAAGCACGCUUUCACGGGCAGAGGUCGACCAGACUUGGACCAUGCUGGUUCAUAUGUUGGCCGAGGGCGACCUAACAAUUUUGAUGCUGGCCGUGGGCGUGGUUACAGAUCAGGAGGUGAUCCAUACUAUGGGGAGGGUCAAGGUGGUCGGCGUGCUGCUCCCUAUGCUAGGAACGAGGGACACUACUAAUUAAAUUGAUCAGGUGCAUUGUCGGAAUUGAUGUUUUGGAAAGAGUCUAGUCAUGAAGGUGCUUGAGAACUGGUGCAGCUCGUAAUAUUGAACUUCCUGAACUGUGAUGACAUUUGCACUGUUCACGAAUGCACAAGUUUAUUAUGCAAGUAUGCAUUGGAUGAUAGGUUGUUUGGAUGUUAGGCUGAUUAUUUGAUUAUUUUCACUCUCUUCUCUGUUGGGUUAUA